GCAGGCCGAAAGGCAGAGCAGCCACCAGUCCCCGACGCACCCCAGGCCCAGACAUGGCUCUCAAGCUCGUCCUCCUGUCAGCCCUCGUUGCUGCCGCCCUCGCCGACACGGCUCCCUACAGGCCACCCCCUCCCCCUCCACCUCCCACCUACAGCGCCCCCGCCCCAUCCUAUCGCGCCCCUGCGCCAUCCUACAGCGCCCCCACGCCAUCCUACAGUGCACCUCAGCCAGUGAGUCCCCCCAAGUAUGACUUCACCUGGAACGUCAAGGACGACUAUUCCGGCAACGACUACGGCCACCAGGAGGGCCGCGACGGCUACGACACCCAGGGAUCCUACUACGUCCAGCUGCCCGACGGCCGCCUGCAGGAGGUCACCUACACAGUCAACGGCGACUCAGGCUUCGUAGCCCAGGUCAACUACCAGGGCGAGGCCCAGUACCCAACACAGCAGGGCUACGGCUCCGCCCCGUCCUACCAGGCCCCCGCCCCGGCCUACCAGCAGCCCCGCCCGUCCUACGCGUAAUGCUCCACCCUCGUGACGGCCAAGUCUUUCUGUCUUUGUAAAUACUCCAUUACACCAGUCACUGUGCGUGCGUCAUUCCCAAUAAAUGAAUUGCGUCAAAGCAAUAAAUGAAUGCAAUAAAA